AUCCCUCCCCUAUCAUUCCUUUCAUGCCUCUCUCAUUUCCUUGUCUCUUGAUUUUCUUCCUCCUUCAAUGAGUAUACUAUUAUGCAAUAACUGUAAUUAAAUUUAAUGUUCAUAGGGACUAUAAGUAGGACAAGUGGUUUGCUCUCAGCAAGACAGUCAGAUUUUGCUUUUGAUCUGUUUUGAGGUAGAAAGAUGGAGCAAGAAAAAUGUUCUAUGGAAACUACUGGCAAGGUUAUCACAUGCAAGGCAGCCGUUACCUGGACAAUUGAUGCUCCCAUGUCUAUUGAGGAUGUGGAAGUUGAUCCACCAAAGGCUGGAGAGGUUCGAAUUAAGAUUAUAUCUUCAGGGAUCUGUGGUUCAGAUAAUCAUGUACUAGAAGGAGACUUCAAAGUACCUUUACCUGUAAUUUUGGGACAUGAAGGAGCUGGGAUAGUGGAAAGCAUUGGAGAAGGUGUGAGCAGUGUGAAACCAGGAGAUAAAGUCCUAACGGUUUUUCUGCCUCAAUGUCGAAAAUGUGACUCGUGCUUGCAUGCCAAGGGCAACUGUUGCUUGAAGGAAGAUGUCCGUCAUCCAGUUGGAUUGAUGCUUGAUGGUACCAGUAGAUUUACUUGUAGAGGGAGGAAACUGCACAACGCUUUUGGAACAAGUACAUUCACCGAAUACACUGUGAUGCAUGAGAUUUCAGUAGUAAAACUUGAUGAGGCUGCACCCCUGGAGAAAGUCUGUUUAUUAGCCUGUGGAUUCACCACAGGUUAUGGAUCUGCUAUUAACAAAGCAAGGGUUACCCCUGGUUCCACCUGUGUUGUCUUUGGGCUCGGAGGUGUUGGCUCUUCAGUUGUCCUGGGGUGCAAAGCAGCUGGGGCUGCCAGGAUCAUUGGCAUUGACAUCAAUGAAGAGAAACUUGCCAGAGCCAAAGCUCUUGGAGUCACUGAUUGUCUGAAUCCUAGAAACUUCAAGAAGCCCAUCCAGCAGGUGGUGGUGGAAAUGACUGGAUUUGGUGCUGAUUUUAGCUUUGAGGCUAUUGGGACCAUUGAUACCAUGGUUGCUGCUCUGGAAUCCUGCAACUCAAGUUAUGGUGUCUGCGUGAUUAUUGGAGUGGCACCUGAAAAAUCCCAGCUUGCCUUUAACCCAAUGCAACUACUGUCUGGCCGGACUCUGAAAGGGUGCUUCUUAGGAGAUUUUAAAACCAGAGACCAUGUUCCUUUAUUAGUAGAUGAUUACAUGAAAAAUAAAAUUAAUCUGGACCCAUUGAUAACCCAUAGGCUGCCUUUCCUCAAAGUCAAUGAAGGGUUUGAUCUUCUCCGAUCAGGAAAAAGUGUUCGCUGUGUCUUAUCAUUCUGAGACCCUCAGAGGAUGAACAAGGGUUGGAAAUUCGAGGAGACAUCCUUCCUUGCUAGAGUAUCAUUCUCCUGGGACUGGAAACUUGGUAAUUCUUAGAAAUGGAAUAAACUACUGAAUAGUAAUCCAUUAAAAGAUAUUUAUUUUAAAUUUGUUAUACAGUUCCUUUUGUAACAUUAAAAAAGAAAAAACAUGUAAUCUUA